UUGACUAGGAAUGGAAUUAGCUAUUCUCUAACCCCACGGACCAAUCUCUUUGCUCAGCCCACGUGCCAUUAAAAAUGGACAAAGGCAUUGACAAAGAGAGCAAUUUUGUGUCUUGUAAAGCUGUCCUGCUGGAUAUAGAGGGAACUACUACGUCUAUUUCAUUUGUAAAGGAUGUCUUAUUUCCAUACAUAGUAGAUAAUGUUGAGCAGCAUCUUCUUGAGCACUGGAAUCAAAAUGAGUGCAUGAAAGAUGUGUCUGAUUUAAGGGAACGAGCAGCCAUUGAUGUAGCAAAUAAUGUGAAUGGUGUUUCCAAGAUUCCUUCAACAGACAAUGAAGACUGCAAAAGUAUGAGGGAGUCGGUUGUACAAUAUGUGAAACUCCUUGUCUCUGAGGAUCGUAAAGUAACAGCAUUAAAAGAGCUUCAAGGUCACAUGUGGCGUCAUGCAUAUGAAGCUGGAAGAAUCAAAGGACAUGUAUAUUCUGAUGUCCCUCUAGCUAUGGCUAGCUGGUUUAAGAAGAGAAUUAAAAUGUAUAUUUAUUCGUCAGGAAGUGUUGAAGCUCAGAAGCUUUUGUUUGGUAAUUCAGUAGCUGGUGACUUAUUAAAGUAUAUCUCUGGUCAUUUUGAUACUAAAACUGGUAACAAGCGUGAGCCAUCAAGUUAUACCAGAAUAGCAAAAGAGAUCGGGAUGCUGCCUUCUCAAAUCUUAUUCUUAACCGAUGUUGUACAAGAGGCCGACGCUGCUCUGAGGUCAGGGAUGCAAUCGGCUCUCGUGAUGCGACCUGGUAAUAAAGAAGUGGGAGAGGAAGGGAAGCAAAGGUUCAGGACUUUAUCUAUUUUGACGGAUCUGGAUCUCUUCAGAAUGGAAGUGGAGGGCAGCAGACAAGAAGAGAGUGUUGGACUCGGAUGUGAUAAUGACUUUCAGGAUGAUAUACUUCCUAUCGAUCGACCUCUCUCUCCUCCAUCAAAGAAGUCCACUGAUGACACAAUAUGUAGCACCUUGCACACUUGAACCGAACAACCCUGCAGCAUUACCAUUCAAAAUUUAUGUGUGUAAUAAUACAAUACUACCAGUAUAAGUAACUUGAAACUUUUAAUGGCACUGUCUUUUUAAAAUCAGGGCCCGUGAUUUUUUUUAUAGUUUUUGUGUCCCACUCAAUCAUGAGUGAUUAUAGGACGAUAGCCAAUUCUGAUUCCAAUUGAAUGUUUUUAAGAACUUUUAAA